UGGCAGUGCAUUGUGGGACGGAGGCGGACGGAUAGCUUUGAAUCCUCCAGGCCACACAAAGCACUAUUGCGCACUUUUCUGCCGCCGUCUAACGAUUUCUAAUUAUAGAUCACAUAAAUAAAUUACGACCAUUAAACCAAAGUUAGCGUAACGCGAAAUUACUUCAUUUUGGUAACAAUUUGGAGGUGCACGAAUCGUCCAUUCAUGAAUAAUGCCGAAUUUUUGCGCGGCCCCGAACUGCACCAGGAAAAGCACUCAAUCAGAUCUGGCUUUCUUCAGGUUUCCUAGAGACCCCACAAGAUGCAAGCUCUGGGUGGAGAACUGCCGUCGGGCAGACCUGGAGGGCAAGACUUCAGAUCAGCUGAAUAAGCACUAUCGACUGUGUGCCAAACACUUUGAGGCUUCCAUGAUCUGCAAAAGUAGCCCGUACCGGACUGUCUUGAAGGACAGCGCAGUGCCAACCAUAUUUGACUUAACAAGCCACCUCAACAACCCGCACAGCCGGCACCGCAAGAGAAUAAAAGAGCUGACCGAGGAAGAAUUGAGGAAGAUUAAAGAGAGGAGACUGGAAGCUUCGUGCGAGCAGGUGGAAACCAACAAGGAGAACGAAAUAAGCGAGCGACAGGAGGGCGGCGAGAGUGUGGAAGAUGCCCCUCCGAUGACCCCCGAGGAGAAGGAAAUCCGGGAUUACCUGAAAUCCCUGUUUGAGAUCAUAGUCGUGAUCGGGAAGCAGAACAUCCCCUUGAAUGGGCACGCCGAACACGAGGAAGGGAGCGAGUCCUUCACCCCCAGCAACUUCCAGGCCCUGCUGGAGUACCGAAUCAACGCGGGGGACGAGGUCCUGCGUAAGAGGUUCGAGAUGGCCGCUGUGAAUGUGGAGUACUGCCCCGCGCUGCAGCAGAGGCGGAUGCUGGAGGUGUGCGAGAGCUGCAUCCGCGAGGAGCUGCUGCAGGAGAUCAGGGAGUGCCGCUUCUUCUCGCUGGUCACGGACCACGCCGUGGAGAUCGGCGGGGAGGACCACCUCCCCCUGUUCCUGCGCUUCGUCGACCAGACCAACUGCCUGCGGGAGGAGUUCAUCGGGUUCCUGCCCUGCGAGGGGGACGACGAGGCCCUGGCGGACAGACUCCUCACCGAAAUCACGGAAAAGUGGGGCCUGAAUAUGGAGUACUGCCGGGGCCAGGCUCACGUCAGCUCUGGGGUGUUUGUGUGCAAAAUGAAAUCGGUCGCGACCAGACUGAUGGAAAAGUACCCCAUGGCGGUGUACACGCCCUGCUCCACGUGCGCCCUGAACAUCUUCCUGGCGAAUUCUCUGCCCUUCACGAGCGUUCAGGUGGUCAUGUCGACUUUGAAGAAGAUAGACUCCUUCUUCAGCAAGUCGGCUCUGGCGAGGGCGGAGCUGGAGCACGCCAUUUCCAUCUUCCAUCAGAACAACGAGGCCAAGGCAAACGAGCUCAAAGAGGUUUGCCGCACCAGCUGGACAGAACGGCAUGAUACUUUUGAGUUGGCAGUGGACCUCUUAGAAUCUCUCCUGCUGUGCAUGGACAGCAUCCAUUUCAAUGAGGAUUUGAAGUGGAAUGACCGGAUCACCUCUGAGGCCUACGUGAUAUCGGAGACGUUGGCAGACUUUGAGUUUGUAGUGACCCUCGUGGUCUUGAAAUACGCACUGUCCUUCACUCGGGCCUUUGGCAAGAAUCUGCAGGGGCAGACCCUGGAUGUGUACUUUGCCGCCAACAGCUUAACGGCGGUCCUGCACUCCCUGAACGAGGUCAUGGACAACAUCGAAGUCUACCACGAGUUCUGGUUUGAAGAGGCUAUUAAUUUGGCCGCCGCCAUGGAAAUCCCUGUGAAGGUGCCUAGGCUGUACCUCCGAAAACAGCGAGCAGAGACGAGCUUGGAAAUCCAACCCGAAAGUUACUUUAAGGAGUUUCUGAGCGUCCCCGUUGUGGGACGGGUCAUACAAGAGCUGAAGGACGUUUUCUCGGAAAAUCAUUUGAAAGCUCUCAAAUGCCUGUCGCUUGUCCCCUUUGUCAUGGGGCAUCUUAAGUUCAACACGUCGGAAGAGAACAACGCGGACAUCUAUAAGAACGAUCUUCCCAACCCCGACACUCUCCCCGCUGAGCUCCACUGCUGGAGGAUCAAAUGGAAGCACAGAGGCAAAGAGUUCAGCCUGCCCUCCACCAUCUACGACACCCUGCAGCUCUCGGAAGUCAAAUUUUUUCCCAACGUGUACUCCUUCCUCAAAGUUCUGUGCACCCUGCCGGUCCUGAACCUGGAGAACAGCAAGUACGGAGUUGCACGCAAGCGCUUGAAAGCAUACCUGGCCGACACGCCUGUAAGCCACAGGUCCAGGAGUUUGGCUCUGCUCAACAUCAACUACGAUGUGAAGCAUGAUUUAGACUUCAUGGUUGAUACCUACACUAAAAUGUACCCAGAGAAGGAAGAAGAAUGCGUUAGGAUUUCACGCCGAGUGUUUCCAAACUACAUGCAGUCCAAAAUGCCCGAUAUCUGUGCCGCCGCGAACUGCAAUCAGUGUACAGACCAGUCCAACAUUGCUUUCUUCAGGUUUCCGAGAGACCCAGUGCGAUGUAAGCAGUGGCUGGAUAAAUGCCGCCGGCCAGAUCUGGAGCAGAAGACCCCCGAGCAGCUGCACAAACUCUACAAGCUCUGUGCCAGACACUUCGAACCCUCCCUGAUAUGCAAGAAUAGCACUCUGAGAACAGUUCUGCAACAGGAUGCUGUUCCAACCAUAUUCGACUUCACAAGCCAUCUGAACAACCCGAACAGCCACAACAGGAAAAGAAUAAGAGAAAUUAAUGAAGAAGAGUCGUCGGACUCGAAGAAAGCAAAAGAUGGCGAGCCCUGCCCCGCGCUCGAGCCGAAGGAUGUGCUCGGCGAGAGCAGCGCAGCGUGUGGGCUGGACAGGGACGCCUGCGAGGAAGAGGAUCCCUCCAUCUCCAAAACCAAGGAAACCCUCAAGCUGUACUUUAAGGAAACUCUGGCCUUCACCGGUUUCAGCAUCAGGGCGAGCGCCGCCGCGGGCGAGCCCCCGGAGAGCCGCGCGGGCCUCGCCCGUCCGAGCUGCGCGUGCGCCGGGAAGAUUGACCCGAGGGAGGUCCUGCAGGUGGGGGAGGACUGCAUGCGGGACGAGAUCCGCGGCAGCCUGCGGUCGGCGCGGUUCUUUUCGGUGCUCCUGGAGGACGUCGCGAGCAUCGAAGGGAGGGACCAGAUACCCGUGUUCGUCAGGUCCGUCACCGUCGCCGGCUUCCCCCAGAAGCAUCUGAUGGGGUUCCUGCCGUGCGACGGGGAAGCGGAAACGCUGGCCUACAUGCUCCUCUCCGCCGUCAGAAACAAGUGGGGGCUGCGCAUGGAACACUGCCGGGGGCUGACGUACCUGACCAGCGGCCGCAUCAGCCAGAAGAUGAAGGACGUCGCCAGCCGGAUCCUGCAGGAGUACCCGCAGGUGGUGCUGACGCCCAGCGACCCCUACGCCUUCAACGUGUGGCUGAUCCGCUGCAUGCCCAUCGCCUCCAUCCAGAGGGUGGUGAACACCGUGGAAGAAGUGGCCGCGGUCCUGAGAAGUUCCGCGGCUCUUCAGGAAAAACUGGAAGAGGAGUUCGUCGCGGUGUAUGGGCACAUCAAGGGCGAGGUGGAGAGGAUCCGAGAAGCCUACCAGACGCGUUGGGAGUACGGCGCCGACGCCUUCCAGACGAUGCUGGACAUUUUAGAGCCUUUCAUUAGGUGUAUGAGCGAGGUACGCGCCGACCCGGCUACUGCUGAGCGGGUGGGCAAGCUGAAGCCAGUGCUGACAGAUUUCAACUUCAUCAUUGCGCUUGUCGUCUUGAAGAACACUCUUUGCUGCGUCAGCAUCCUGAACCCCAGCCUUAAAGGAACGAUCAGCAUCAGCAGCACGCUGCAGUUCAUCAUCUCCAAUGCCUUAAAACUACUCAGCAAGCAGCUGCAGGAAAUUGCCAUUUUCCACAGGAAGUGGUUCUCGGAUGCCUGCAACAGGGCAAGGAAGCUGGGAGUGGAAGUGACGCUGCCGGAAAACCUGGACAACUCUGAAGAAGGAGCAGGCCGGAAGGUCCAAACCUCUCCGGAAGACUUCUAUCGGGCAACGCUGAGCACUCAGGUCCUGCAGUACCUCAUCCAGGAGGUGAAGCAGGUGUUUAGUUCGGAGAUGGUCAGGAUCCUCCGGUGGCUGACUUUAGUGCCUUCUUACAUGGCGGACCACAAUUUUAGCAUCCGCAGAGACAAGGUGGCGGAUGCCAACUUGAACAACCUGGCCAGGCCAGACUCUUUUUAUGAUGAGCUUGGCUGUUGGGAGGUGAAAUGGAAACACGCCAGCAAGCGCAGGAUUCUCCCCACCACCGUCUUCGGGACGUUGAAAAUCCCCGACAUCGGGUUCUAUCCCAACGUGCAGAGCCUGCUGAAGGUCCUAGGUACCAUUCCCUGUGUGAACGUGGAAGCGGACGUGUAUGGGCAGUAUGACAUGGUGCUGGAACGAUUCCAUUCCUACCUGAAGGUGACGCCUCCUGACGAGAGGCUUUCCAACGUGGCGUUCGUCUUCGUGAAUCAGGAUGUGCACUUCAGCGUUGAAGACAUGGUUGAUGCCUACGUGGAAAAGCAUCCUGACAUUCUGCAGCUGUUGCGGAAGGAAGAAGACCUGACAGAACCUCAUCUUAAAGUUCCUGAAGAUGGUGAAGAAUGUGUGUCGAAGGAGGAGGUAGAGGAGUCGCAGAUAAUGACUGGUGAUGUGAAAGGAGGGAGCCCUCAUCAGUCUGAAAGUCCUGAGAAAGAUCAGGAGACCCUGAAGUCCACCCUGAAGGCUGUAGUGAAGAUGGUUUGUGGCAGUCACAUUGAGGACGCCCUUGGUGUGUGCAGAGGUUCGGAAAAGGGCGGAGGCUUAGAUCAUAUGUGCACACCUGAAAUGAAGGAAAUGCUGGCCGUUUGCGAAGAUGCAGUGAGAGCAGGGAUCCUUGCAGAGAUAGGAAAUUCUUUCUUCUCCCUCUUCAUAGACCGGGUGGUCACUCUUGGGCAGAAGGAUUACCUCCCUCUCUUCCUGAGGUUUGUGGAUAACUUUGAUAACAUGAGGCUGGAGCUGAUGGGCUUUGUAGAAGCUGAUCUGGAUGCUGACUCCCUGUCUGAGCAGCUGUACUCCACCGUCACGGAGAAAUGGCAUCUCGACUUGAAGUACUGCCGUGGCCAGGCCUACCUUGGCUCUGGCAAAGUUGCUGGGAAGCUGAAAGCCUUUGCUGACAAAAUUCGGGAAAAAUAUCCCCUUGCAAUCUGCACUCACUGCUCUUGCUAUUCCUUCAACGUUUGGUGGUCGAAAUCCAUUCCCGUUCCUGCUGUCUGUAGGGCAAUGGACACCGUGGAGGAGGUUAUUUUGUUUUUUAGCAGUUCACCAAUGCUGGAAAAACAGCUGGACCACGUAAUCGCACUUGGCCUCAGGGAAAGCUAUGAAAAAGUGCAGGAAUUACAGGGGAUCUUCUGUGCCCAGUGGCUGGAAAAGCAUGACACCUAUGAAGUUCUGGUGCAGAUGCUGGAGCCCCUUGUGGACUGUUUAGAAAAAAUCAGAGCUAACAGGCAACAGAAAUGGAGCGCUGCAGUGUCUGAACAAGCUGGCAAGCUGUUGGGGUCGAUUAAAGAUUUUGAUUUCAUCAUCUCCAUGGUUGCUCUGAAGAACGCCUCUUCCUUCACCAGAGAGCUCAGCGCCGGGCUCCAGAAGGACCAUUUUACGGCUGCCACCCAGCUCUGCCAGAUCAGCGGGAUCUUGUCCACCUUGAACAGGGUGAAAACCACCAUUAAGGUCUUCCAUCAGAGCUGGUUUGAUGAGGCCUGCGCGCUGGCGUUAAACCUAGCCAUUCAAAUCAAAGUGCCUGAAAGUUCCGGUGUGUCUAGGGAUACCAUGACAAAGCCGGUUGCUUAUUAUAAGGAAGCACUGAGCGCCCCUCUCGUGGAUAACCUCAUUCAAGCCAUCAAGGACCACUUCUCCGAUGAGCACAAGGAAGCCCUGAACUUCCUGUCGCUGGUCCCUUGCUCCAUGACGGUGAGCUACAUGUUCGAAAUUCUCAAGGCUAAGGCUCCCCUUUACGUGAGCGACCUGCCGGACCCGGGGAACUUUUUCACGGAGCUCUGCUGCUGGAGGGUGAAGUGGAAGACGCGGGUGGCUUCCGUUAAGAUCCCGGACACCAUUUUCCACACGCUCCGCCUGCCCGACAUGAAGUACUUCGGGAACGUCAACACCCUGCUGCGGAUCAUGUGCGUCCUGCCCAGCACCACGAUGGAGUACUGCGGCGAAGCCCGGCAUCACAAGCAGUUUCAGGAGUACCUGAGGACUGCUGUGGCUGGAGAGAGGUCAUCUUGCUUGGCUGUCUUACAGGUUGGGUGCAACCUAACCAGAGAUCUGGACAGAAUGGUUGAGCGCUGCAUGACAGUUGCUUCUAAAGCUGUAGAAGUGCUCUGUGUGGAUAAAGGUCUUAAACAUCUGGUGACAAAUACAGAGAAUACGGAGCUUGGCAUGGAGGUUGAGCAUCAUGAGGAGAAGGUAGAAAAGCCCAUUGAAGCCGGUCAAGAUGAGCCGCUGAAGGUCCUGACGGAGAAUGGACAUCCUGGGGAUGACAGACAGGGUCUGGAAGCCAUCUUUAGGACUGCUGCUCAGCUGGCGAGACGAAAUUGCCAGGUUUCAGACCUGCCCAGCGGAGAACAACAGGACCUCCUCCUAGAUCUCAAGAACACUUGUCACUGGGCACCAACAGGAGAACAACAUUCUCUCGACAUAAGCAUGGAUGAGAUUCUCACACUCUUAGUAAGGUCUAUCAGACAAGAAGUUCUCUUUGAGAUUCAGAAAUCUCCGUUCUUUUCUCUCAUUGUAGAUAGAGUAGCUACGAUUGCAGGGAAAAAAUACCUGCCCACAUUUGUGAAGUACUUAUUCGACUGCUCACCGAAGGUUGAACUAAUUGGUUUUUUGCCAUAUGAUGACAAAAGUGAUGGUGAUGCGCUAGCAGAGAAUUUCCAUGCAACUCUCACUGAGGACUGGGGACUGCAGAUGAAAUACUGUCGUGGACAGGCGUACAUGAGACUUGGUGCUGAGAGCCUGGGAAUUAAGAAAGCAUCCUUGAAUUUCUUAGGAAGGUACCCUCUGGCCAUCAAUACACCCUGCUCCUCAUCAGGUGUGGUCUUUUGGCUGGCAGGGUGUUUACCUUGUCCUUCUGUCAGCAGAGGGCUGGAAACAGUGGAGCAGCUGCUGUUGUUUUUUGACCAGUCACACAAGCUGCCCGAAGAAGUGGUGCAGGUUGCGGGCGAACUGCUGGACAGCCCGAAAGAACUCGUGGCCGAAGAGCCCAGAACAAGCUGCCUGAACUUGGUGAAGAGGGAAGAUAUUUUUGACAUUCUGGUGGACCGGUUUGAAGGGCUCUUGAAGUGUUUGGACACGGUGAGCAGUAACACCAGCGGCUCCUGGAGCGACAGAUUGGCGUUGCAGGCGUCCCUGUUGUCUGGAGUUAUGAGAGACACCGACUUUGUGGUAACUCUCGUACUUCUGAAAAGGGCCUUUUCCCUCUCGCGCAGUUUCUGCCAUGUUUUCCAAUGUGGAAAUUCUGCCAGCAUUGUUAGUGAAAUGGACAAGGCAGGGGCGACCAUUGAUUUCUUGAAAAAUGCACUGGCAAACAUCGAUGUAGUACAUCCUGCUUGGUUUGAGGAGGCGUUGCAGCUUGCUAAUAAGGUGAACGGUGGGCGUGUCAGUUUCCCUCAGGACUCCUGUAGCUUUGAAUCCCCUGAACGCUACUACAAGCAGACAUUGAGCAUUCCCAUUUUGAGCUCUCUCAUGGAAGAAAUCCGACAUGCGUUCUCCGACAGUCAUUUGAAGACGCUGAAAUACUUGGCUCUGGUCCCAUCCUGUAAUCCGGGUACCAGUGUCCCAGAAUGCCUGGAGAAAAUGCCUAUUAUCCAUCAAAUUGACCUCCCUGAGCCGGACACAGUCCAAGAGGAUCUUAGUAAUUGGGGGAGCUUUUGGAAAGAGAAGUCUGGGGUCUCACUGCCUGCUUCUGUUUAUGAUACUCUACUCCAUCCAGAGUCAGAAUGCAGUUCCAAUGUGUUCACUUUGCUGAAGGUAUUGGCUGUCUUGCCAAGCAUAAGACCUCAGUCCUCCAUCACAGAAGAUGGCUUGACCUCUCUGAGGGCUUGCUUGAGGAGUGCUGUGAACAGGAGUAGCAAACCAGACCUGCUGAUACUCCAAGUGCACCAGAGAGCAGUUGGAAAUCUGGAUGAUGUAAUUGACAAGUACAUCGAAGCAGAUCCAGAGAGGCGAGCUCUGCUAAGCAAGGUCAAAGUAAACCUGGACCACUUGAAGAAAGCAAGCACUUUGGAAGAGACAGACCUUGGAUGCCCUCUAGAGGCUAAGGAGCUGGAGGCAGCCUUGAGGAUCAUGCUUAACCAGUAUCCAGAACAGGGGCAGAACAGCAGCCUGGAGCCGGGGGAGCUUUUGAGUUUCUAUUCCUCGUCCGAGAGGGAAGAAAUCCUUACGGAUCUGUGGGAUUCGCAGUUCUUUGCUGUGGUUACCGAGAAGGUGACUGAUGUGGAAGGUCAGCCCUACAUUCCUUUGAGCGUUCGGUACUUGGAUAAAACGGACAACCAGUGCGAAGAGACCCUGGCUCUGAUCCCUUGCUAUAGUGACCCCAACGUUCUUGCUGAUGCCAUCGAGUCUGCUCUUUCUGAGAAAUGGGGCCUCAACAUGGAGUACUGCAGAGGGCAAGCCUACUCAGCCAUUGGGUAUGCAGGGUCCCAGAUAAAGUCUGCCACUGCCAUUCUUUCUCAGAAGUACCCUCUGGCCAUCCGAACCUCCAGCUCCUCCGUCACGCUGAAUAUGUGGCUGGCUCGGUCUUCUUCUGUCCUCAACAUCUCUCGCCAUGUAGCCACUGUAGAGAAGAUGUUCGCUUGGUUCAGAGACGCCACAGAGCUGCAGGGAAUGCUGGGAGACAGCAUUGCUUUGGAGUACCCGCACGAUGAAGGGAAGCAACAGGAGCUGAAGGAGAAACUCGCCGGCGAGUGGCACAGGCAUCACGACAGCUUCCAACUCCUGGUGGACGGUGUGCAGCCGCUCAUCAGCUGUUUAAGUGAGCUAAUAAAGAGUCCUAACCUACAUGUAAGAAGGCAGGCUCAGGUCUUUUAUAGCAUCGUAAGAGAUUUCGACUUUGUCUUCACGAUCGUAGUCCUCAAAAACAUCACCUCUUUAACUAGGAGCCUUAGCCAGAACUUUCAAGGCAUGCCCGCGGACGUGUUGUCAGCAGUAAGGCUCUUGCCCGCAGUCAAGGAAUCCCUGAACGAAAUCCAGAAGAAUAUCGAUUUUUACCACCAGACCUGGUACAGUGAGGCUUUAGCCCUGGCUCUGCAGUUAGAGGUAAAAUUGCUCCACCCUGUUCUCCAAGAAACUCUAAACGGGUACUACAAAAACGCACUGACGGCCAAGGCUGUAGAUCACUGCGUUGCAGAAAUCGCGGAGCUCUUCUCGGACAAGACCCUCAGUGCUCUGAAGUGUCUGACUCUUGUGCCUUACGUCAUGUCGGAAAACGGUUUUGUUGGCGGGGAGGAAGAUGUCGCCAGCAUUUACAGAGACGAUCUCCCGGACGCCGGCUCCCUGGCCGCUGAACUGCAGACCUGGGAGAGGAAAUGGAAGUCUGCUGCUGUGGAGUGCCUGCCGGCCACUGCGCUGGACACGCUGAAGGUGUCCGACAUACGGCUCUUCUGCAAUGUGGAAACCCUCCUCAGGGUCUUGGUCGUCUUGCCUGUCACAAGAACAGAGAGCACAUUAAGACGAGGGAAAAAGAGCCUUCAGGAAUUCGUGCUCCAGAGAGAAAGACAUCGUUCACAACUGUUUCCUCUUUGAGGCUUUCUUCCUGACAGUGCAUCUCCUCUGAGCAUGCAGAAAUAACUUAGUGUGUCACCGCCACAUCAUGGACAUAAAACCAGGCUUUAUCUAAGCCUGAGCUAGCUUUUUUUCUACCCUUGAAACUAAUUUUUUAAAAUAAAAUACCUCUAACUAUAUAGCCUUUGGUGUAAUAUAUUUGUUUGAAUUUCAUUAUCUAGUGUUUUCAUUUAAUUUCUGAAAUGAGAAUGGACUACCUAAGUCCUUUGAGUAUCAGUGUGACCAAUCAAUUGCCAAAAACAGCCUGUUAGGGGCUUCCAAAUGAUUCUGCGUGCCUUACUGGUCUCAGACAUAAACUCACAAGGAUUUAGAUCUUACCGUUUGUGUUUUGUUUUGCAUUCCAUUCAUAUUUAAAAAAAACCAAACUUGGUGAAGUUUAGGCUUGUGGAGAAAUCCCAGGUUUCCUGUUUCAGCCAGAGAGGCACCUGCGUCAUGUGGUUCUGGAGAGUAAUCAGAAUUGUUUGUGUUCAUAGCUGUCGAUGAAAAGGACACUAGUGCUUUCUGUAACAGCCGAAACACAGCUAGGAUGCCAGUCAAAUUUCUCUCCGGUCUGUUGUACAAGAAUUUCUGUUUCUAAAGGCGCACCAUGUAAAACCUUGUGGGGCUUUGUUGUUACCUAUGACAUUUUAGUUUUAUCCUUCAGGAGGUAAGAUUGAAUGUGUGAACUUUUGUUGUGUAAAUAUUCCCCCAGGAAACAACUAAUUUCAGUUAUAUUUGUCAAAUAAACAAGGAAAGAAGAA